UCUUCUUCUUCGCUUAUAGUUUUUGAGAAAGCUUCAGUAUGAAGAUGUAAAGCAAUGAAAAGAGAUUAGAGUCUCUGCUCUUAUUUUCACUAGCCAAUGUUGCGAAGAGUCUAUCUUUAAGGCCUCAUGAGGUUUCUUUCAUUCUAGGGGUUUUCUUUCUCUAUAUGAGAGAGAGAGAGAGAGAGAGAGAGAGAGAGAGAGAGAGAGAAUGGAUGGGUUUUUGGCCUCCUCCGUGGUUUUCUCUCAAUAGAACUUCCACUACGCAAAACUCUGACACUGCUAAUCCUACUAGGGGAAUGGCCUUGAGUACAACGGUUGGGGUGCAUGUCGGGUCCUCCCAGUCAUUGGAUCCUCACUGAGACUCAUCGCUCAUCGCAAAAGAUUUGAAUCCAUCAAAACAUGCUCAUAAUAGUCUAGUUGCGAGGUUUUUUAAAUACACUAGUCAAAUAAACACGAAAAGACAAUUUAUUUAUUCCAUCUUGGCCAAACAUAGGUGGCUGUACUACUUAUACAUCAAGGGUUUCACCUACAUAAUUAAGGAAAUAAGAGAAGAGGCAGUUGUUUAUUGGGUCAUUGUAUCAUUGUUAUAUAAUGGAUCAGGAAUUGAUUGAAGUGGCUCAGAGUGGAGAUAUAGAUGCAUUUUAUGCAUUACUUGGCAGAUAUCCAUCUAUUCUUGGAGUUCAAUUGAUUAAUACUCCAUUACACUGGGCUGUAUUGGCUGGUCAUACCUCUUUUGUGGUAGAAAUUGCAAAUUUGAUGCCUUCAUUGACAAAGAAGCUAUACCAUGACGGAUAUAGUCCUCUACACUUGGCUUCAGCAAAUGGGAAUCUAGAGAUUGUGAAGGAACUCUUGAAAAUUGACAAUGAUCUUUGUAAUCUCAAGGGUAGAGAGAGAAGAACUACUCUUCAUUGUGCGGCUAUCACUGGACACAUCAAUGUUUUGAAAGAAUUGCUCUCCAAUUGCCCCAAAUGUAUCAUGGAUCUAACUCUCAAGAAGGAGACUACGCUUCAUCUGGCCUUGAAAUAUAAUCAAGUUGAAGUCUUCAAAGAACUGGUGAAUUGGCUUCGACGUCACUGGCAGCAUGACCUUCUAAGCUUCCAAGACCAAGAAGGCAACACUGUCUUGCAUCUUGCAAUUUUAAGAAGACAUCAUGAGAUGGUGGAACAAUUGCUACAUCAUUGCAACCUUCUUGUUAGAAAUGCAGUGCAAGUCAAUCUAAAGAACAGAGAUGGGUUGACAGCCUUGGAUCUGAUCUUAUUGGAGCUUCCCAGGGGAGGGGACCAGGAAAGAGUAGAAAGGAUCCUACGGGGAGUUGGAGCCAAAGGUGGCCAUGAUUUUGGGUGUCAACCAAAGGUUCCUUCAAUGAUAAAAUGGGUUCUAUUGUGAGACCAGUGCUUAAAUAUUUAAGUUUCAGGUUUGACCCAAAUACUCCAAGUAAGAAUGCUCUACUUGUAGUAGUUGCCUUGAUUGUCUCGGCUACCUACCAAAUUGGAAUUUCCCCUCCUGGUGGUUAUUGGCAGGAUGACUAAAUAAAUAAAGGCCCUGGUGAUCCUAAACCAACACACCAUGCCGGAGAUGCUAUGUUAUCUACUACUUAUUCUACUAGUAUGUACUAUGCACUUUUGCUUUCUAAUUAUGCUGGUUUCAUUUUAUCUUCAGUCCUACUUUUUAACCUCACAACAGGAUUCCCUCUCCGUGUUCCACUUCUACUAGCGCGCCCAAAUGUUUAUGGUGAUUACUUAUACAAUGUCAACACCAAUCUUUUUCUCUGAUGCAAGUAGUAAUUUUGAA